AUAGCCUGAGAGAGCCAGAGAGAGAGAGCACUGAGAACGGACUUCCCAAAGACACCACUACAUCACCGCAGCUCGCAGCUAGGGGACAAAAACACACCCGCCCCCACGCACGCACGCACACACACACACACCGUACUCGCACCUAACCGAGAGGCAGCUUUAUCCACUUCUAAAGGAGAGUCUCUGUGGCGUUACUGUUUAUUGAGAGGAGUGGACACAAACCCAGCCAGGAUGGAAGAGAAUAUGGAGGAAGGACAGAAUUCAAAAGGGUGCUUUGAGUGCUGCGUCAAAUGCCUGGGGGGACUCCCCUACGCCUCCCUUUUCGCCACCAUCCUGCUGUACGCUGGGGUGGCGCUGUUCUGUGGCUGUGGGCACGAGGCCCUCUCCGGGACCGUCACCAUCCUGCAGAACUACUUUGAAGUGGUCCGGGCCCCCGUGGAAACCCUGGACGUCUUCACCAUGAUCGAUAUCUUCAAGUAUGUCAUCUACGGCGUGGCGGCCGCGUUCUUCGUCUACGGCGUCCUGCUCAUGGUGGAGGGCUUCUUCACCACCGGGGCCAUCAGGGACCUCUACGGGGACUUCAAGAUCACCGCCUGCGGCCGGUGCGUCUCGGCCUGGUUCAUCAUGUUGACCUAUAUCUUCUUCCUGGCCUGGCUGGGUGUGACAGCCUUCACCUCGCUGCCCGUCUUCAUGUACUUCAACAUCUGGACCAUGUGUCAAAACAUCACCGUGGCUGAGGCCGCCAACGUCUGUCUGGACCUGCGCCAGUUCGGCAUGGUAACUAUCGGGGAGGAGAGGAAGCUGUGCACUGGCUCGGAGAAGUUUGUCAAUAUGUGCGAGUCUAAUGAGCUGGACAUGACAUUCCACCUGUUUGUCUGCGCUCUGGCUGGUGCUGGGGCUGCCGUUAUAGCCAUGGUCCACUACCUAAUGGUGCUGUCUGCUAACUGGGCCUACGUGAAGGACGCGUGCCGGAUGCAGAAGUACGAGGACAUCAAGUCGAAGGAAGAGCAGGAGCUCCACGACAUCCACUCCACCCGCUCUAAAGAGCGUCUCAACGCCUACACAUAAACCCCUCUCCCAUCCUCUUGAUCCUCUCCUCCAACACGCACUCAUGUCCAUCACACACACACACACACGGCAGAACACACACACACACACACAAACCACACAGGUUGUUCAGUGUCAGGUGUUUAUGUUCGUAAGGCACAAUGUUACGAGUUUAUUUUUAAUUUUUUUUACUUCACUAAGCUUAAGGGUGUGAAGAGACAAGUUUUUCCUGAGGUACAUUCUCCCUCCAGGGCAACUUUUUCUUGGGCCUUUUUUUCUUUUUUGAGAUUCUUCUUUCAUUUGUCCUCCUUUUCCUUACCCCUAUAUUCCACCGUUGCUCCUUCCUCAAACUGCUCUUUCUCCUUUUCUACCUCUUUUUACUAUUUCUUUUUAUUCUCAGUUUGUAUAUUUUUCAGAGACAGCACACUACCAGUAGCACAGGAAAUGAGUAACUCACUUGUCUUUUUCCAAUGUGUCGUUGCUUUUAACCACGUUGUCCUGUUUCUCCAUGUGGAGUAUUUCAAUGUAUGUAUGUUUUGUUUUAGGAGGGGUUGGGCUGGGGACUGUCAGGUUUUUAAUCACUUUUGAAUUUGCAUUUCUGUGUAAUAUAUUUCUGUGUUCUUAAACACUUUUCAUUCAACGGGGCACCAAUCAUACAUGUUUUUGCAUAGAUUCUUUUUCAACAUAUCCACGUAACAAGACCAAAUGUGAUCAAACUUGUAUCAUUUACUGGUAAAUUACAGUGUAAUAAGCUUACCAAAUGGAAAGCACCACCGGAAUAAAAACAAUGUACAGAUUCUUUUUCCAGCAAAUUCUUUAUUGGUUGGGAGUGCCAGGGAUUUUAAAACAAAAAGUACCUUAAAGUGACUUUUUACAUAUUGCUAUCAAUGCAGCUUGGCCUAAUGCUCAGAAAUGUAUGCUAGCUUUGUCGAGUAGCCUAACCAUUUAAAGUGAAAAACACUGAUUGUCUGUCAAUAAUAAUAGUGAAACUGUGAAGAAAACCAGUUGUUUGAGUGACACGUCAGCACAGUAAUGAAGAAGGUGAGGAUGAGGAAGGAAGAAGCUUGUAGGAAUGGAAUUACGUAGACAUACAUCUGAUGGAUCAGUCUUUCAGGAUUUUGCCAUGGGGAAACUGUAGAAAACCACUUUCUCAUCCAUCGCAAGCCAUAUCUCACAUGCAAAUAACAUUUUAAUGGUUUGAUUUUUAUAUGUUUUAAUCUUGAACUUUUUAAAUACAAGUAAUCAGAAAGAAAAUCGGAGAUGUUUUUUUGUCAGUAUUCUGCACUGUAUAUAUAUCUACGGUAUAUAAAUAUAUACAUAUAUGUGAAACAAUUUCAGGUCAUUUCAUAAGAAAAAGAAACACUUAUUUCAGUUGUCAACGUUUGGUGAUAUUCUUGUGAACGUCCAUUUCAGAGAAACCAGUGAAAUAAAUAUGGGAACAAAAUCUAGAUGGCAAGUGGAUGAACAAGCUUUAGGCCCGAAAGGGUUAUACUGCUAUACAUGGAAAACGUUUAAUAUCACAUUGAGAGAUGGCUUUACUGUCUGCAGGGUUGUUGUCAAUUCUAUUUUCAACCCUGACCCUGACUGACUUUGAAGCUAUACUAAAAGACAUGAAAUGUCAAGAAAUAAAUACAAAAUAAUAAAAAAAGAUAUAUAUAUUACUCUUGAGUAUGGACCAAACUCUGUUUUGGCUCGGUCUUGCCUAUUUCUACAGCUCUAGUUCUGCAGUACAGUGUUUAAUCUUUCUGUUUCAAACUUUAAAAAGCUUGUUAUUUGUGCACUUAUUCAACCAUUGUGAACUCUUUCUUGUGUAAAGUGCAUUCAGAUUCAAAGCAGAAUCUCUGUACUGUAGUCAUGCAGCAUUUGAUUAUUAACAGGUUACAUUAAAAAAUAAAUAACUUAUUGUAUUAGGUAAAAAGAACCGUGAAUCUAUUUGUUAUUUGUGGCAUGGUGAUGCAUUCAAUGGUAAUAGUUUUUAACUAAUUCAAAAAGUACAAUUUUCCUCUGUCCUUAUAUUUUCCCCUCAUUAUUUUUACGCUUGGACUGUCUUGGUUGGGUGAAAUGUUUUCUUAUAUGUGCAGUAUUGCAGUACCUACAUUAAUAGUAUUAUGCUAAGUAAAUAAGUAGCCCAUUAGUUGGAUUGUAUGAUUUCCUGUCAUUAUUUCUCCUAUAGUUUGUCAUGAUGAGUUUUCUAAACCAUGUCUUAACUUACUACUUGUAAUGGUGUUACGUGUUCUCUUCUUUCCGUGUUAACCUGACCAUGCUUUUGGCUUUCUCCUCUCAUAUUAGUCUUUUGUACUUUCACUAAGAAUGCUUUGUAGCAGGCUGUACGAUUAUUAAUCUGUUUUGUACAUACAUGUGCCAACAGCUUAAAAAGUGGCUUUUUUUGAACUGUAGGAACAAACUUGCUUGCGUUAAAUAAAAUACACUUGUGUACUUGUAAA